GAAGGUCCAGUCUCGACAUCUUCAAUCGACUUGUAGGAGAGAAAUCUGCCUUUUCAAAAUCGAAGCCCUGCUACAAGAUCACACAACCAUGACUUCAGUUGGAGGCCUCGCAGGAUUUUGGUUAAUGGCACUGCUGACUCUUCAUGUAAAUGUGGGAGAGACCAAAAGAAACUCUCUAAAUGAGCCUGAUGUCCCCUUCCCGCCUGCCCGUCCCACCUCUGAGAACCUUGCUGCCAUUUGCCAUCAAGGUCAGGGACGUCCCAGAUACCCAGACAGCUUCUUCGGUGGCUCGGGUGCCAGCCACUUCCGCCGCCGUGGAAAGGCCAUCAACCGCCUGGAGUCGUGGUACACUUUGUGCUGCAGUGGACAAGUAGCUCAGUGGACCACCCAGAUCCUCUGCUGCGCCCAACAAGCUUGGAAACAAGCCCUGUCCCAGUUCUGUGUGGAAGAAUACUCCACCAUGACUGUCCCAUAUGAGUGCUGUGCCGACAGAGGAGAGACGCGGUGGACAUGCUUCGACAGCGAGCUGCCAAACCCAAACUACAAGCCAACACCAGGCUACACUGCACCCCCUGUCCCCCAGGAGCUGGGAUUCAUCUUCAAUGCAAAUGCUUGCUAAGUGGGAAACAAAGAUAAAUAUAUAUAGUGUGCAAAACAAAAUGUGGGUGAUAAAGUAAUAUUUCUUGUGUGUAACGUUGGGGAUUGAUAUUGAGUUAAGGUGCUCACGUGUCAUCUGGACAAACUUGCAUCAGAAAAUAUAAUACUAUUGUGUAUCCUGCAGAUCUUUGUCGCAGACCCUCAGAGGAGGCCAGGGCAUGCUGGUUGUUUUAGUAAGGAUGGCAACAGUUGUAUUUUUAACCAAGCUUUGUCACAGCAACAGGAAACUCAUCUUUUCAUUGCAAAUGUUCACUUUUAUAAUUCAAAUAAAUUGAGUGCUUCAUCCACAGUUUAUAACAUUGUUAGAGAAAUAAAGGAUAAAAUAAAGACACAAGAGUCGACACAUGCUAUUUAUCACUGAAAAAGUUGCAUAUGGAUUGUUUUUAUUGGCAGCUUCAAAUAAACAUUCAAAUAAACAUAAAAAAAUAAAUAGAUAACAUGUAAUAACACAAAUUCCCAUUAGGGGGCACUAUUGGCUGUCACAGUUAGGGGUGUGUCAUUUUGUCAUUUACAGAUCAGAGAUCAAUAAGAAGCGAAGAAGUGUGCUCCCAGGCUGAAUAGCAAGGUGUAGUAACAGUCAUAAAUAGAUAUUUAAAACAAAUCUUACCACUGUUUGAUUGAGAUAUUUUAUACUAUCCGUGUUCCUCUAAGCUAACCGCUCUCGACAACAACAAUAAAAAGAAUGAAAUUUCCUGUUUGGUUUCAAAAAAUAAAAGUGGACCAUUUUAAAUCUAAAUCAGUGGGAACACAGCCUAAACAAAUACAAUAUUUGUGAUAAUAAAACAUAGUAUUUGCAGGC